CAAUAUUGUGUGCUCUGUUCCCAGUCACACAGUAAUACAGCGCACCUUCCUGUGAGCUCUGGGACUGGUGGUGCCCAGCACAGGAGAAGGAGAGGAAGAGAUGCUGCAGAUGCUCUGAGCCUGUGCUGGCUGCACACACUGAGUGUGCGACAAGAUGGAAGGCUUUUCGUCCUGUCUGAGUGACAUGCUCGACAGCGUGAAGGCAGCGCAAGCCAAACUGGAUAGCAGUCCUUUCUCCAUGGGAGACUUUUUGAAGAAAGUGGGUGUCGCAAGUAGCCAGCCGACAAUGGUGAUGGGGCGCAAGCAAUACAAAUGUGAUUUGUGCGGGCGUUGCUUUUCUGACCCCUCCAACCUGAGGCGCCACAAAAACAUUCACACGGGGCUAAGGCCUUAUGUGUGCGAUGUAUGCGGCAGCAGCUUCCGGCAAAAGUCGCAGCUUGACCGCCACCAUUUGGUCCAUACAGGAGAGCGACCCUUCCGCUGUGCCUUUUGCUCUAAAGGUUUUCGUGACUCCACUGAGUUGAGGGUGCAUUAUCGGGUGCAUACAGGAGAGAGGCCAUACAGCUGUCCGGUCUGCCAGAAGAGUUUCUCCCGUAUCUGUUACAUGAAGAGGCAUCAGGAGAAGCACGCGAAAGCGGAGUCAAUGGACAUACAAAUACCUGAAAACAGACAUAUCAUUAUACCUGCUAGUGACAAUGAGGAGAAUCCUGAGGAGUUCCAGUGUUCCUUCUGCAGUAAUUGGUUUGUCACCAAGAAAGAACUUGAAGCUCACCGUCCCGUGCACCUGAAGAUUGGACCAACGGGGCAGAAGCUUUACGAAUGUGUAGAAUGUAAGAAGUGCUUCAACAAUUCCUCUAACCUGAGAAAACACACUGUCAUUCAUACAGGCAAGAAGCCCUUCACUUGUAACAUCUGCAAUCAACGUUUCCGGCAAGCCACCCACCUCCAGCGACACUACCUGAUCCAUACCGGGGAGAGACCGUUCAAGUGCUCCAUUUGCCAGAAAGGUUUUCGGGACACCAGUGACUUGUUGAAGCAUCAACGUGUCCAUACUGGCGAGAAGCCCUAUCAGUGCUCUGCCUGUGAUAAGUGCUUCAAGCAUUUGCAUAAUGCCAGAGUGCACAGGCAACGCCACCUCAAUGAAGGGUUCCGUCCUGAGGAGAUCCCCACGCUUCCUCCUUGUUCUCAGCCCAUGUCUCCUCUCAAAGCCGACCGUUACGGUGAAGAGCGGAAGCUAGGACAUUCACGUGGCAAGUUAUGUUCUAAAGGGAAGAAACGUUGCUGUAGAGACUACAACUUGGUAGUCAACCAACGCAGCGAGGACAGAGUAAAGUGCAGUCUUUGCACCAAGACUUUCACCCGCAUUUCAAGCCUACAUCGUCAUUACUUGAUGCACACGGGCUACCGCCCUUUCAGUUGUCACGUUUGCAAUAAGACGUUCCAACAGCUCUCCCACCUUGACCGUCACAAGCGGAUUCACACCGGGGAGCGGCGUUACCACUGCACCACCUGCCGCAAAGCUUUUCGCGAGUCUAGUGACCUCCUGCGCCAUCAGCAGGUCCACACAAAGGAAAAGACUUCCAGUUCGCACCAGUUUGAUAAGUCCUAUCCUACUAGGCAUUACCUCAAGUCACAUCGUACAGGUCUCGGACAUGAGGCCUUUCUGGAAACUGAGAUGUUAGUAGACGGCGAGGACAGUAACUCGAUUGAGGUUGUUCUGGUCUAAUUGUUAAACUUAGCAAGAGAAACAAAUGAAGUUCUACAAGGUUCAUUUACUGAAAUGUCACUUCAUAGAGGCAAGUUGCAUACAUUUAGGGACACCUAGGCCAUGAUUGAUGGCAAUCAUAAUAUACAGAUCAUUAGUGAAAAGAAAGACAAUACCGUAAUCCGCUGAAAGGUAAGGCAGGGAUGGAACAGGAAAACAGAUGCUAUUCUCACAAUGCCACUCAGAUGCACAGCAAUGUAGAGGGUACCUCUGUGCCCAUGGAGAUACCAUUAAUGCUCUUCGGGUAAUUGUACACACAUCUUGGUUUCAGCAACUUGGGAUCUAACCAUGAGAAUAUGCAAGAUUAUAGUGGGUGAAUAAUAAUGUGAUUCUGUGAGGCUAACAUACAGUACAUAAGAGUCACUAGGGCUAAUUCUGAGGUGGGGCAAAGCAAGGAACAGCAAGUAACUGUGCACCUGGACCAGCCAUGCUGCACUGUAAGGGGGGCAAAUACUUUGUUUUCAUGCAGGAUAAGUACUGGCUGCUUUUUUGCAUAUAGCUCACAAAUGCUGGAGAUUUAUUUUUGUACAUUAGAUUUGUGUUUGGACACACCCCUCUCAAAUGUAAAUUGCUGCACAUUUUAAAUUCUCCCCACCUGCAGUGCAACAUGGUUUGACUGUAGUGCAAAGUUACUUCCUUUUUUUUUUUGUAGUGCUCCCAUCUCAGAAUCGGCCUUAUCGUAAGCAUACAGUCAUAAGAUCUGACAAGGCAGGCCGGCCAAGGAAUUAGAUCCAUGUCUGAAUAUCAGUGGCCAUAUGAGGCAAAUUAUUUUUUAACCCCUUAAUGUCAAAUUAUAUUUUUAGACAUUUCACUUCUGCCAUUUUUUUACUUAAAAAGGCAAAACCCUGGUUUUGCCUUUGUAAGUGAUUGCCUCUUUAAAACAUCAGGCAGACUAUUGAUUAAAAGUACACAUUUAGUAUCCCUGUCCUCAUGAGAAAAAUGAUGAUCAAUUCUGUUAGAUCCUAAUGCACCCAUUACCUCAACGUAGCAGAACCAACCAUUGUGUGUGCGUAUCUAAUUUUGAGAAGGCAGCCUGUCUGUUACCUAGGAGCCACCAUGCCUGUUUCUGAGGUGGUAGUAACAGAGCAAGUAACUGCACUUUGGUGAAACCAUGCUGCACUGGGACUGUCCGACCUGCAGGCUGCAGUGUCCCACGGUGAGGGGGCUGUUGGGAGACUCUGACGUGCUGCAGUGCUCAGCGGCAAAUAUAUGCUGUAUGCAUGCGCACAGCAUCUAAUAUUGGAAACAGAGGGGCUGUGAGCAAUGCUGAAAAUGGGAGGCGUGGCUUGCGAUCACAGCAUUUCUGCAAAGCCAUACCCCCGUUUCCAGUGGUCCCCAUCCCCAUUCGGCACUCGCAGGAUUCCCGAUCACCCACCUACAAUGAUGGGAGGUAUGCAGGUGUGACAUGAAGAGAGCAGGGGCGUAGCCAGAACUUUGUGGGCCCCGUAGCAACAUUGAAGGGGACCCUGUCCCAAUGCUUCUAGAGAGACACCUCUCCACAGCAAUUGUUAAUUGUAUACCCCAUAAUGGUGCCCUAGUUCCUUUUCUGAAUCAUAAUCGUGCAUUAGUUAAUGUUAUGCCUCAUAGUAUUGCCCUAGACGUUAUGUUGUGUUCACGUUAUGUCACAGUGUAGGGGUGCCAGUACAAAUUAUGCAAAACGGUAACCCCAAUUCACAUUAUUUCAUGCAGUGCCCCAGUUCAUGUUAUGUCACACUACAGCAUCCCCAGUUCAUAUAAUGACACAUCAUAGUGCCUCCACUUCAUAUAGGUGGUCAUUCCGAGUUGUUCGCUCGUAAAGCCGCUUUUAGCAGCUUUGCACACGCUAAGCCGCCGCCUACUGGGAGUGAAUCUUAGCUUAUCAAAAUUGCGAACGAAGGAUUAGCAAUAUUGCGAAUAGACACUUCUUAGCAGUUUCUGAGUAGCUCCAAACUUACUCGGCAUCUGCGAUCAGUUCAGUGCUUGUCGUUCCUGGUUUGACGUCACAAACACACCCAGCGUUCGCCCAGACACUCCCGCGUUUUUCCCAGAAACGGUAGCGUUUCUUCACACACACCCAUAAAACGGCCAGUUUCCGCCCAGAAACACCCACUUCCUGUCAAUCACAUUACGAUCGCCAGAACGAAGAAAAAACCUCGUAAUGCCGUGAGUAAAAUUCCUAACUGCAUAGCAAAUUUACUUGGCGCAGUUGCACUGCGGACAUUGCGCAUGCGCAUUAGCGACUAAUCGCUCCGUUACGACAGAAAAAUAACAAGCGAACAACUCGGAAUGACCCCCAUAGUGCCACAUUACAGUGCCCCAGUUCAUCUUAUGUAACAUUAUAAUGUCCUCCUGUUCAUCUUAUACCACAUUACAUUGUGCAGGUCCAUGGGCAUAGCUAUAUUGUAGGACUCAAGGCAAGAGUUUGUAAGGACCCCUAUGUACCCCCCAAUGGUGGAAAGUGUAUAUAACACAUGUAACUGUGACAGGGAAGGUGGGCCCCGUAGCAGCUGCACUCCCUGCAGCUAUGGUAGCUACACCCUUGUAUAUAACACAUGUAACUGUGACAGGGAAGGUGGGCCCCGUAGCAGCUGCACUCCCUGCAGCUAUGGUAGCUACACCCUUGGCAGAGUAAGAUGUGGGAGAAAUUUAAAUUGCUAUGUAAGAGUAAUGGUGCCCAUAUACUUGUGCGAUGCCCCGCGACGCAACAUCGCGGGGCAUCGCACCGGCAGUUCAGGUGCGAUGAAAUCGCACCUGAACUGCCAAAGUGAUUAUCAUGCGAUAAUGCGAUAGAUCACAUGGUAAUCGCGUCACGUCACUGUCGAGUGGGAGCGGCGUCUGGCCGCUUCCGGAUGGUGCCUAUCACACAUCGAGGUGCGAUAUAUUGCAUGUGUUUUAAAAAACACAUGCGAUCGCACUGCAAUGUGAUAAAUAUUAAGUGCAGCACAUACUAUCUUGAGACGCGAGAUUCGGCCAGCGUGCCGCGCAACGCAUCGCAAGGUACCUACAAUGUGCAUACAAUCUUUCGAUUUCUCUCACAGAUCCGGUCGAAAUCGAAGGUUAGCACCGAUUAUCUCAUGUGUAUUGGCUACAUUAAGCUGUCCAGCAUUUGUGGGCUACAUGCAAAAGCAGCCAGUACUGCAUGCAAAACAAUUGAAUGCAUUUGCACCCCUUACACUGUAACAUGGUUUGUCCCGGUGCAGUUACUUGCUAUUUUUAUUUUUUUAUUUUUUACUCGACUUCCACCGCAGAACCAGGCCCAGUGUCUCAGUAUUCAUAGUGUAGUGACUUAUUGAUGUUAUUGAUAUAUCAGUCCCCUGACUUUACGGAGUUCCAAAACCUGCAGCCUCAUUAUAGGCGCACCUUAGUGGCGUCACUAGGGGGAUGCAGAUCACUCUGGGUAACUCCAAAAUGACUCCUCCUCCUCGGUGCAGCCAUAGCAGCCUCUGGGGACAGCCCAUAAUCUCCCUGACCCCCAGAGUGAUGAAAACAGGGUUGGGCCACAAGACCAUGCCCCUUGCUACACGACCACGCCUCCUUAUUGCUGGCUUGGUGCGGUACAAGGGGAGAGUUGUACCGCACCAUGUGUUACAGGGCAUAGGGAUAUCCCCCGACACCCUGAGGAUCUGUGUAAGUACCCAUCCGUGUGCCACAACAUAAUAUUCUACCAUUUUGUUGCUAUAAUUAUAUAUAUUUUUUUCUUCCACUGCUCAUAGAAUUUAAAAGGAUUACAUGUGUUAUCCCAGCGGACGAGAUGCCAGCUGUCAAUAUCCCAACCGCGGCAACCCGCCCGCCAGAAUGCCGGCAGCAGGGCGAGCACGAAGAGUCCCCUUGCAGGGAGUGGGAAUAGCCCUGGUGCGGCGGGAUUCCGGCUUGCAGCAUUGUCGGCUGGCGGGAUUUUGGCGUCUGUAUCCUGAACGCCGGGAUCCUGACAACCGGCAUUUUACCUGCAUCCCAUGUAAAAUAAAUGACAGAACUCAGUUUAGCCAGUCCCUAUCAGCCUUAUGUAAAACUUGGAUGGAGAAAUAACAUAUGAAGACUUCGGUGGAGAAUUAGCCUAUGAAGACUAACUAAGCAAGGGGUGAAUAUCUAGUCUAGAAAGCUCAGUAGUGUAAUGUUAGUAAUGCAUGGUGUUACAUAAAUUGUGAGCUUAAGUGGAAAAUUCACUAUGGAAGUAGAUUUACAAUUGUCUUUUUGCAAAUGUUCAGUAAAACAAACAGUCAUGCGUUAUUCUGGGCAGAGAACUUCAUUUACCAUUACGUUUUGAUGUACAACCAAUGGCUGCCGCUGUUCGGUACCCUUAUGAGGUAAAAUUAAUUAUAUGUCAUAGUCUCUGAUGGAACACUACACAGAGUGGCCAAAUUAGCAUAAUGAAUAUACGUCGGGAUGCAAUGACGUCCGAGUUUGCCAAAGGUGCGGGAUUCCACACAGUCGGACAUUUUUUAAAGCAGCAGUGAUUUAAAAGGUAUGGUUUUCCCUUGUAAAUAAUUUCCUCUUUAAAAAAAAUAUCCGCGUUCAGUCAGCAUCCCGCUCCUCCGGCAAACUCGGACGCCAUUACAUCCCGCUGAUGGAAUACUGAAUUAUCUUUACCAAGCAAUAACUUUUGAACACAUCUUGCUUCACAACCUGGAGUCUCCUUGUUUUUCUUCACAAGAAAGUCCCUACAAAAUUGUUAGUCAUUAAAACAUGUCUACGAGUGAUUUGGUUUCUUGGCUGCUUAACGUGAGCUAAAGGCAGCUCUAAUGCUGAGCGUUUCUGUGAUCAAAGUGACAUUAAGGUUUCUAAACAAAGUUUGUACAUUCAAUAUUUUUCAGUGUACGGCACACAAUAAAGGCAGCCAUUUUGUGGGCCAACUCAA